GGAAAUCUUAGCAUUGAAAAGUAAAUAUUGAUAGAAAAAAAAGGAAGACAAAUGUAAAAUUGUAGAGUUGCGACCAUUUUCUCAAUCCUCUUCGCUCACAGCCAAAGAAGCUCCGCCAAAUCCGCCACCACUUCAAUCCUCGAACACUUGACAGAAGGUCGCUUCCGAAAACCUGUCUUAUCCUGUUUGAUAUUCCCAUUUCCCUUUCUUCAUCCUCUGCCCUCUCCAUUCUUCCUAAUUUGCUCUUCCACUCGCGUACCACUCAAGAGUCGCCAUAGUACUUAUAUGCACCUCCAGCUAAACAAACUUCUUGGUGCGCACAAAGCUUUGCUUUCUCAUUACUCUUCUCUGAUACGCCGGUGUUUAGUGCUUGGCUCUGUUCACAAUGCCAAAACAAUACACGGUCAAUUGCUAAAGCUUGGCCUUGACAGCAAUACUUUUCUGGCCAAUCGUUGUCUCCAGCUAUAUGCGCUAUUUGGUCCUGUCCAUGACGUAUUGAAAGUAUUUGAUGGGAUUAAAGAUAAGAAUAUUAUAUCCUGGAACAUAUGCUUGAAGGGUAUGUUUAGAUUUGGCGAUGUCGAUGGUGCCCGCCAUCUGUUCGAUGUAAUGCCUGAGAGGGACAUUGUUUCUUGGAACACUAUGAUUUCUGGCUACGUUUCAUCUGGAUUUGGUAAUAGUGCAAUGGGCGUUUCUCUGGAAAUGCAAAAUGCUGGUUUUAGACCAAGUGAGUAUACCUUCUCCAUUUUGCUUUCACUUGUGUCGUCUGCUUUUCAUGGUAAGCAAGUUCAUGGCAGUAUGAUACGAAGUGGAGUGGAUGUAUCAAGUAUGGUGCUUGGGAAUUCAUUGAUUGAUAUGUAUGGAAAAGUUGGCCUUGUUGAUUAUAUGUUUGUCAUAUUUUCUAGCAUGGAAAAGGUGGAUGUUAUCUCUUGGAAUUCUUUGAUUUUAGGCUGUCAUAGAUCAGGCUUUAGAGUAUUGGCACUCAAUCAGUUCUUUCUAAUGAGAACCACUGAGCACUCACCUGAUCAGUUCACUAUAUCAAUGGUGAUCAGUAUCUGCUGUUGCCUCCAAGAGUUGGAACUGGGUAAGCAAAUUUUUGCUUUCUGUUUCAAGAUGGGAUUUACUUCUAACAGUAUUGUACUUAGUGCUACAAUUGACUUGUUUUCCAAAUGCGACAGUUUGAAGGUUGCAGUGCAGCUUUUUGAAGAUACCAAUCAAUGGGAUCCAGUUCUUUGUAAUGUCAUGAUCUCAAGUUUUGCAUGGCAUGGUCAUUGGAGGGAUUCCAUGUGGCUUUUUGUGUAUACCUUAAGAGAGAACCUUGGGCCAAUUGACACUACACUGAGCAGUGUGCUGAGCUCCAUUUCAGUUUUCACACCUGUGGAAUUGGGCAGUCAAAUUCAUAAUUUGGUUCUUAAGUUAGGUUUUCAGUCUGAUGUCAUUGUAACUAGUUCACUGGUAGACAUGUAUGCUAAAGUUGGAUCAAUUGAUGAUGCCAUGAAAGUCUUUAUAGAUAUGCCCUUUAGAGAUUUGAUAUCUUGGAACACUAUGAUUAUGGGUCUGGUUGACAAUGGUAAAUACUUUGAGGCCCUACAUACUUUUAAUAAACUGGUCAUGGAAGGUGUACUGCCAGAUAGGAUAACACUAGCCGGAGUCUUAUUAGCUUGCAGUUAUGCUGGUCUUGUUGAGGAAGGGCUAGUCAUCUUCUCUAAAAUGACAUAUGAACAUGGAGUCGUGCCAAGGAAUGAACAUUAUUCUUGUGUUGUGAACUUGCUGAGUCGGGCUGGUAAAUUUGAAGAAGCAGUUAAUAUUAUCAAAACAACACUGUACCAACCUACUUCUACGUUUUGGACGUCACUUCUUGGUGUUUGUGCAAUUCAUGGAGACCUAAAAAUCAUUGAAAAAGUUGCAGAGUGGAUGAUGAAACUGGAACCACAAUCAUCCCUACCAUAUUCAGUGCUGGCUCAAGCAUAUGCGAUGAGAUGUCAAUGGGAAAGCAUGGUUCGUGUCAAGAAGACUUGGGAGAAUAUAGCUACACAAAAGGUGAAGGCUUGCAGCUGGAUUGUGACAAAAGAUUAUGCGUAUGCUUUCCAGGAUGACCAAUUACAACUUCUAUCGAGAGAAAAUAUCAUUUCAGUGUUGGAAUUAAUCAUCUGGGAGAUUGAAUAUGGGAUUGACCAUGAACAGUGUAUGGAAAUAAUACAUUGAAAGUGUUUUGUGAUAUUGAUGACGUGAACCUCAAAUUUAUCGAAUUCUUAAUACCCAAGGGCCAACAUCUCAAUCUUUGGGGUUGUGGACUCUGACAAUCACACUGUAACGGAUGCUCCCAGACUAUCCAUAGGAACUUGUGGAUGAGAGGUGGUACAGGUAUUGUGCUUGGAAUCCUUCAUAGAGUGCCUCAUCUGAAUAAGUUUUUGCUGGAUUUGAAGAUGUUGCUUCAUUUUUGCUGCAAAUCUGAUACCCUAUUAAGAGAUUAGCAGCUUUAUUUUGAUGUUCAGCGACUAUUCUUUCUGCAUUUUUGUGGGUUUGCAAUGGUGGGAUACCAAUUGAAAGCAUUCCCAGUGACGUUUGCUGGAACUAACCUUUGUGCAAUGGAAGAUGAAGUUUGGAAGAAAACUGAUACAUACAUAUUCAUGCUUCAAGAGACUGGAGAGACGUGAAGAUGAUGAUUAACGAUGGAAGUUAUUUCCCAUUACAGUAUCCAAUUUUUGCUAUUGGUCAUUGAAGAGCAUUUCAUGUUCAAGAGCUCAACGUGAAGAAACUAGGGUCUUGAUCUACCCAGCCUCUUGAAUCAGUCUUAUAAUUCUCAUCAAGUCAAGCCAUUCACUAACUAAGCUGCCAAGAUGUGCUUAAAUAGUGGAAAUAUAGCGAGUUCAUUGGGGUGCUGUAAAUGGGUUCAAAGCAUGCUGGCUGGGAGAAGGAUAAGCUGUGUUCUGUAAUUCCAACACUACAACAAACUUGGUGAUACCGCAUGUUUCUACUUGAAGGAUUAGUUGGAUGUAUAUUGAAACAUGUCAUGGAUUCAGAGACUAAAUCCUGGAAUGGAUUACAAGAGCAGAUCGGCAUCAGGCAGGACGGAUGCUUUCUAUGUCAGGAAUCCUGCCAAAAUAUGGUGGAUUUGAAUACAAUGAAAGCAUUUUGCAAGAGCGUAAGACAUACAACAAAGCUCGAUGUCAUUGAGAAGAAGACUGAAGAAUGGCAACAAUGGCUUUCUUCUUCGUUCUUCGCUGACUCGGUGAAAGGGUUCUUCUUGCUUAAAACUAAGUUGAUCCUAUGACUAUGGCAUAACCUUUGAAUCUUACAAAAUAAAAAUACAGUCUGUUCUUGAAAGAUAAUGGGCAGGAGUUGCUCAGACUCAGGAUCCCAAGGAUGGAUUAAGUCUGAAUAGAGCAAUAACAAAUCAACCGGCUGAUCGUAAUUUGAGGAAUGUCCAACGUUUACAGGUAAACUGAAUUGUUUAUUUUGCAAGAAAGGACAGUAGCAUGCAAAUUGAAUUAUUGACUCACCUCCCCAAUUUCUAGUUCUCUAUAAUGAGUAAUGGAUUUACGUGUAAAAUUGAAACAUAUCGGAUUAGAAUGUUUACCUAAAUAACAAACAAACACACAUCAGUAAAGUGACUGGCCCAGUCAGAUCUCUGAGGUUUAAUAAUCUACACGCCGUCCCAAACUAUACAACCAUAAAAAAUUAAGAAUUAAAAAAUAAAAAAACUAACUUGGCCAAUUUCAGCGGAGGAUAGAAUACUUGAGCCAUACACAGUAUUAUUUUAAUCAACAAAUUGGACAAAGGUCAAGUUUAUUGAAUUUAUUAUUGCCUUUAGACCUUAGAUACCUAAAAGCCAUAAGCUACUCAAUAAUUACAUACCAGAUAUUAGCCAAAAGGAUAAGAAAAAAAGAAAGGAAAAAAAACCCAUUAAGAAUAUCAAUCAUUGAACCUGAGAUGGGAAUAAGAGAAUGAACCAAGACCAAAAUGAGUGAAGAAUUCAAUCAUUCAUGAAGACGCAGAGUGAGUCGCAGACAAUAUCAUUUUUUUAAUGGGUUAAAAAGGUUAGAUAUUUGGCAGAAAAUGAAGACAGUUUCAAAGGAUAUGAUUGAAGGUACCCUGAUUUUAAAAAUAAAUAAAUAAAUAAAGUUGAUGUCUAAAAGUAUCAGUAGAAUGAAAUGAAUGGCUGUAGUAAAAAGAUGUUUCUAAUAAUGCCUACCUAAGUAAUCUGAAUAUCUUGUCCAAUUUGGAUAUUAUUCCAUUACUUAGAUAAAGUGUAUAUCUCCACUUAAUGGAAUGGACUAAAUUAAAGUAAACUUCUCUUUACAUCUGAUAGGAUGGUUUUGCUUUCUCAACUGUGUUCUACUACUUGAUUAUGGUGAUAAUGAUAAAGAUGCAUAUAUAGUUUCCAAAUUAAAAUAUCCUCUUGCAUUUCAAUCUGUUUCUUUGUUUAUGAUAAUAUAAUCUGAUAUUCUUUGAUAUUGUUCCAAAUAAUUUUGUGAUGUUUCAGCUUAUAUUUAUCACCUGCUCUUAGUUGAUCGAUCAUCAUAAAAGUGAAAACAAGAAGUAGCAAUUUAGUAUUUGAAUUUUAUUGUGGUGAUGAAACCAUUUAAUCUUUAAAGUAUUUAAUAACUUAAUUCAUUUCCGUUUAAUUCUAACUAUAAAAAAACUCACUAAAAUGAAGGGUAAGAUUUCUAGUAUAUAUGUGAUAGACUUGGCAUUUUUAGUUUAUAUAUAAAUUUGGUUCCAAAUUAAUUUUUUA